AAAGUUUUGUUUCGUAGGUCUUUCUGCUGUCGCUGCUAUCAGCGUACGUACUAGUCUAUAGAUGGGUGAUAAUUGGGAUGAUGAUGACUUCGAGCCCGAAGUCGAAUCGCUCGCACCUCAUCCUCCACCAGUCGAGCAUGCAGAGACACCAACACCACCAUCACAUGCGACCGAAAGCAAAGCUAAACCGAAGGACAAGCAUGCAUUCCCCAAUAUGGAGAGUUUUUCUCGAGAGUUAACGGCAGCGGAAAGGGAAGAAAUGCAAAGGCGGCAAGAUCUAGCUUUGACCAUGGAGAUGUUUGGAGAGCAGCCGAUUACUGGAGAUCAGCGUCCCUAUAGCGAUAUUCUUUCAAAAGAUGAGUUUGAAGAUUGGGGAUUGAAGGUUGGUACUUUCUUAGCAACUCGGCAUAAGGCUGCUCAUUAUGGUGAUAUGCUAAACAAGCUCAUUCAGACCGUUGCAGAAAAGUUAGACGCACACGAGGUGCGGAUAAUGUCUAACCAUCUUAAAACGAUAGCCGACUCUAAGAAAGCUGCAGAAAAGACCAAGCCAGCCCAGCCAGCCCCUGGACAAAAGAAAGGUCCAAAACCUACUCUUAAGGUUAACAAAGCAAGUAAUAAGCAGAUAUAUAAUGACCUCGAUGGCGAUGAUUUUGAUGACUAUGAAGAUUUUAUGUAAACACAUCAGUGGUUGAUCUGUUUUAUCAUUUUUGGUCCCUCUUUUCGGUUGGAUGGCACUUUAUUUUUACCAGAUGUUUACUGUUGUUGUUUAUUCGUUGUACUUGAUAAGCCAUGAUUUGAAUACUAUGUGGGGUUCGAUGCCCGCUGAUGUAUUGCCGCCUUGUAUGUGUAUCAUGGUAAAAAUAUCGGUGUUCCUACUGCAUUGAUUCUAUAAAUCUAUGAGGUUAAA